AUGGUCAUUCUCGACAAAGUAUCAAACGGAUACAGAGAGUUCAUUCUACCUAUGGCCCUUCAAGACGAAGUGCUCUGUAGGGCGGUGGCAGUUGUGGCGGCCCAACAUCUCAGCCAAGGACACCCUGCGCUCGAAAUGGCCGCCGAAAAGGGGCGCACGGCAGUGAUCUCGCGGCUCCGACGGGACGCAUCACUCGCUUCUCAGGUCUUCAACGAGUUCACAUGGGCCACUUUGAUAGUUCUCCUCGUCGGCGAGACCGUCACAGGCAAUGCCGAUUACAGCUUUCUUGUUCAGAUGAUGCUAUGUCUGGCAAACAACGAUGCCAUCAGGACGAAGGAGUCGCCGUUGACUCGAUUCCUCAAGGCUCAGACACACAUGUUCACGAUGCUGGGACAGCCUUUACUUGAAGAAGAAGGUGGCGUAAAAUUCAUACAGGAGGCUUUUGACGAAUGCAUCAACUGGCUCCCAUGCGAGGAACUCCCCCCAGAUUGCCAAGACAGACGCAACGUGGUACCGAUCAGGCAAUGCUUCGCGGAGGCCUGCAACAUCUACCUAGGGCGGGCAACAACCGAUCACGAGCAGGAGAUGGCCAUCGAGCGCCUCAUACAGCUUCUCUUGCAAAUUGACAGUGACGCGAGGGGAGCUCACGCGCUCGUCUGGGUUUGUUUCAUCGCCGGGGCUGAGACCAACGACCAGCAGCAGAGGGAAUUCUUCGUCGCCCGCAUGAACGAGACAUACCAGCGGACCCGCUUCCGCAAUAUCCCAGCCGCUGUGCAGUCGCUUCAGAGGAUAUGGAUGAGGAAGUCGGGCCAGAAGUGGACGAGUUGCCUUCCGGAGCUGACACGGGUCUUGGUGAUGUGA